AUGGCCUCUGCUAACACUUCCGGGUCUGACGUGAUCUUUUCAUGUUCCAUCUGUCUGGAUGUGUUCAACAGUCCAGUUUCCACACCAUGUGGACACAACUACUGCAGAACCUGUAUUACUAAGUUCUGGGAUGAACAAGUCAAGUACAAAUGUCCUCUUUUCAACACAAGACCUGAUUUACGGAUCAAUACCCUCUUAUCAGAGCUGGCCGGUCAGUUUCGAACAUCCGUACGGGUAAAAGAGCAGCUUUAUGUUAAACCAGGAGAAGUUCCCUGUGACGUCUGUACUGAAGAGAGACUGAAAUCCACAGAGAAACAAGCUGAAGGCCUCAUCAAAGAGCUGGAACAGGAAAUAGAAGAUCUGACCAAUAGAAGCUUAGAGGUGAAGCAGCUCUUACACACUAAUGACCACCUCCACUUCCUCCAGGCCUUCAGAUCCCUGAAGGAUCCUCCACCCACCAGGGACUGGACGACGGUGGAGGUCCGUCCUCCGUCAUACGUAGGGACCUUGAGGAGAUCCCUGGAUCAGCUGGAGGAGACACUGAACAUGGAGAUGAAGAAGCUGCGUGAUGCUGAACUGAAGAGGGUCCAGCAGUAUGAAGUAGAUGUGACUCUGGAUCCUGAUACAGCUCAUCCCAAUCUCAUCCUGUCUGACGAUGGGAAACAAGUACAUUAUGGAGGUGUAGUGAAGAAACUCCCAGACAACCCUAAGAGAUUUACACAGUGUGUAUGUGUUCUCACGAGGCAGAGCUUCUCCUCAGGUAGAUUUUACUUUGAGGUCCAGGUUAAAGACAAGACUGCAUGGGAUUUGGGUGUUGCCAGAGAGUCCAUCAACAGAAUAGGUCAGAUCACAUUGUCCCCUGAGAGGGGUUACUGGACUAUUAAAUUCAACAAUGGUGGGUUGGUAUUUGGUUGUAACACUUCUGUCCGUGUCCCUCUGAGAGCUGAGCUCCAGAAGGUGGGGGUGUUUGUUGAUUAUGAUGAGGGUCUGGUCUCCUUCUAUGAUGUGGAAGCCAGGGUUCAUAUCUACUCUGCUACUUGCUGCUCCUUCAGUGAGCCUCUCUAUCCAUUCCUCUCUCCAUGUUUACAUAAAGAAGGUACAAACUCUGCCCCCCUGAUCCUCUCACCUGUCAAUCAAACAGACUAGGACCUUUGUUUAAUAAUAAAAUAAUCAAACAACCAAAACAACUAAUGUUGUUUCCUGAAUUACACUCUCUACUGUGCGAAAUCUUAGAGAACUGUAUUGAUAUCGUACUUUUCACUGUCAUUUAACAAGGGCCAAUACAUUAAGCUAACACUGUGUACUAUCAACAAUAUUACCCAUUAUAACUGAUAAGACUACACAAUAAGGUUCAAUGUCUUAACCAAAUAUAUUCCUUUAUUAUUUUGAAUCAUGUUUGACAACACAAAACAAUGUUUUUAAACUUUGAGAUUUAAAUAAAAAUAAAAAUUGAAAGUA